CUGCACUCGGCACUUGGCGGGAACACAGUGCGCGUGAGUCUCCGUCCUUCUCGUGCGUCGGCAGCACUUCUCGUCCCGCUUUGGAACCGUAACACCGACUACAGGUCGGCUCCGUUGCCGCGGGGUGGGUGGACGUCCUGGGGUCCGUGUUUCGGGCUUGAGGACCGCAGCGUGACCCGGGCACAGUAACGCGUCGACGCUUCUUUUUGUUGUUGUUGAGGAAAUAAGGUGAGAAGUGGAGGACAUCAUGGCAGACGCAAAGUGCCUUCUGAAAACACCAAGUAACUUCCAGUCAUCUGCCAUGUUUGAAGGCUCGGAGGCUGUGGAGGCAGAGGGGGGCAGCACAGAGAGCACGGUGGCCUCCUCCAUCAGCGCCUGUAAGAAGGUGCUGUGCAGCAACAGCGAGUUGGACUCUUCAGAAUACUGGCUGAGGAACGAAAAAGCUCUGUGUAGACUGGGCCUUCUGGACUACGAUGCAGAAGGCAGCUGCACCAUGAUCUGUUUUGUGAAUCUGGACCCUCAGAAAACUGACUAUUGUGACGACAAAAGCCUAAAGAAAUUGGCAAUGAUGUCUCCAGAUCUGCCAAGGCUUGUUGAGUUACUCACUGUUCACCAGCCAAAAGAAAAUGAGAUCCUCUUCCUCGGUGGCCUUGAAGGAGCAGACACCUGCCAAACGCACCCACCAGCAUCCUCUCAGGGUCUUCAACAGCAGCAGAGAAGUACAGGCGUGUGCCUAUUUCAGCGUUCAGGGCAAAGACGCAACAUUCAACCCAACAGAAUCAUCUUUGAGAUCAACCGGUUCCUGCUAGGUCUGCAGUGGGGAAAGGAACAACAGCAUCACCACGGGCGAAUAACCAGACAACGGCUUGAUGACGACACAAAUCGUUCAGUUUCAUCCAUCGAGGAAGAUUUCCUGACCGCCUCGGAACACUUAGGAGAAGACAGUGAGGAUGACCCUUGCAGAAAUGAGCAAGAGGUUGGGGAUCGGGCUGAGAGCUUGGUGGACGUUGCACAGAAGCAUAGUGCUAGUGUCACAGGUCAGAGGGGACAGAUGGUCCACCAUCAGAUGAGGGAAAACGCAGAGGUGAAAAGAGAAAUAGGGGUCAGCCCGCACACAAAGGAAUCAGCUGGUCAUUACGCCACUAAUCUGGCAGAGUCUGUGUUGCAGGAUGCCUUUAUACGGCUAUCUCAAGACGAAUCCUCAUUCGUCUCUGAAGCUGCGGUCAGCGUCUCUCACUCCAGAUACCCCGCCAAUACAGCUCUCUCACAAGCAAAACAGUCUUCCCAGCAACGCACCUGCUCAUUUGAACUUCCAAAAAUUGUUAUAGUUCAAAGCCCUGACAGUGCAGAUGGAACUGCAGAGUGGCCAGAGACACAGGUGUCAAAUGUGUCUGAGCAGGAUACACCCAACAAAGACUGUGAGAUGCCAGAAAAGGAGAAAAAAGCUCACAUUCCUCAGCACAAUGGAGGACACCAACCCAAACCUGUGGAGGUGGCUCUGGCCUGUGCUGCCAAUGUUGUUGGCACAAUAACGUCCCCGCAGCUAACAGAACACCUCACCUUGGAUUCAACUUCAGGAGAAGAUACAGAGGAAGAGCUUCAGGAACCAGAAGAAAAAGCAGAUUACUCCUUCUCCUCAGCUAUGUGUGGUAUAGCACAGGUUGCUGGUGCUGUAGCAGCCGUAGAGCUUACAGACAAAUCAGUGGACAAUAAGGAUUGUGAAGCCGAUUUCAAUGAAGGCUACACCGCAUCGCAGGGUUUGAUAUCGGCUGCCCAAAUAUCUGCAGCCUUUACAUUACACUGUAGUGUUGCGGAAGGUACUAGUGUAGAAGUGUUUCGUGCAAACAUUGCAGAGGUCCUUCACAGGGAAGCAGCUGAGGUGCUAUCUUCUCCGCAUGGAUACAGGAGUGUAGCAGACCUCUUAGAGUCCACACAUAACAAGAUAGUUGAUGGUAUCACCUGUCCCAAAAAAUCCUACGCAGAUGAAAGGGAAAUGGGUGACCUAAUCAAUGAGGUGGCCGACAGUCUUUUCAAACAUGCUUUAGAGAUUGCAAAAAAGAAAAAAGAACUUGAAGGCACUAAAGAGGAUGCAUCAAGCCUCCAGGUUCUUCUGCAGGAUAGUGUAAACAAUUUGCUGUUUGAAAUUCUUUGCGUGGCACAGAAGAAGAUUAGUCACAUUUCCAGACAUGACAAAGGUCCAUUUGAGAUGCGACAAGACUUUAAUACUUGCUUGAAGGAAUAUUCCACCAUAACCGACAGUGAUGACUCAUUAAGUCAAUUACAGUCUUUAGCUAGUUAUAGACAGUCCACUAACAGUGACAAACAUAGUGGAAUGCGUCACAGGACGGACAGGCUUACCAUGGUUCCUGGACUCAAGGCAACAAAUGUUGCUGAAGAAAGUGACUUCGGUACAUCUUACCAUACAGAGUACAACAAAGAGCAACAGCAGCAGCACCCAUUUUGUGGACAAAGUCCGUUAAAGAGUGUCAUUCACAGAAAAGACUACUACCAAAACCAGCCUGACUAUAAUGCUGUCAGGGUGCCUUUAAGUGAAAUUCCAGUUAAUGGCACGGAACGACGGGGGCGAUCAAUGACAGGAAGUGAAAGCAGACAGGCUUCCCUUACCCCCCAGUCCUCACUCAACUCCUGCAGUUCACUGUUCUCUUGGAGAAUGGACUCAGAGACCAGGACACCUAUUACGUGCUUUGCUGAUGACUUAGCUACGACAGUGGUGUCUAUGGCCACAGAGCUCGCAGCCAUAUCGCUUGAGAAUUCUACAGGGAAACAGCCUUGGUUCUGUGCUCUCAAAGGGACAUUUACAGAGGGCCCAGAGGCCUACCUAAUUCCGGCUUGCCGAACGGUACUAAGAAGGAAAGAAGGUCAGAGCAACAAUGCAUUGUCAAAGAAACAUCGUGCACCACGCCUCAGUGAAAUUAAAAAGAAAACAGAGGAGCAACCAGAGUUAAUGGAGCGACUUGUAAACCGUGUGGUGGAUGAAUCGGUCAACCCUGAUGAACCACAGGACCCAUUUGCACUCUUUGCCUCGGAAGUCACUGCCAGGAUCAUGAACUGCCCUGAGCUCAAUGUCGUGGACACUUCGAAAGCCGGCCUGCCACGAAGCAGAUUGCAGUGUGAAAGGUGGAGCCGUGGGAAGGCAUCAAGUUAUGAAAGCAUUCCAGAAGAAGAUGGCGACCCCAUAGGCACACCAAACACCCUGGGCCCUGGCAGUCAUUUAGGUCAGAAUCUGAGUCGUGGUAGCUCAAUCUCCAAGCAGUCAAGUUGUGAGAGCAUCACAGAUGAAUUUUCACGGUUCAUGGUAAACCAGAUGGAGACUGAGGGCAGAGGCUUUGACCUUCUUCUGGACUACUAUGCAGGGAAAAAUGCCAGCAGCAUUCUAUCUGCAGCAGUGCAACAGGCUGCAUCUAAGAAAAAUGGCCACCUUAAUGUCAGGACUACAUCCUGCUUGUCCAAACAGUCUAGCACAGAGAGCAUCACGGAGGAGUUCUACAGGUUCAUGCUCCGAGACGUGGAUAAAGAGAACAAAGAGUAUGGCAUUGCUAAGACUAAAGAGUGGAGCAACAGCUUGUUCCCCCCAUCUCCUCGGACACCCUUUUGUAUCAGACAGUCGUCAGUCCCUGACAGGCGCUCUUCAGACUCGAGACUGACAGUUAACUCGCCUAUCAAAGCCAAUUCGUUUGAUGGAUUUGCCCGAAAUGUGCAUGGAGACACAUUGAAUAUCUAUCCAAGCAUCUCGGUGUCAGCAACGGGCCUUUGUAAGUCAGACUCGUGCCUCUAUCAAAGAGGCAAGACUGACCAGAUCACUGAUAUGUUGAUCCAUGACACCUGGUCCAGCUCUAUUGAGUCAUUGAUGCGAAAGAACAAGAUCAUUGCGGAUCCAGAGGACGACCUGGACGCUGCAGGCGACUCCCAACCUCAUGUGCAGCAGUUUGCCAAUCGCCUGGCGGCGGACAUUGUUGAUAUUGGCAAAUCGUCUGCUGUAGUUCAGCAAGAUAGCAUCACGGAUGGCUCACAAAAACACAUACCUGUUGGCGAGAGAAGAAUGGGGUUCAAACAAUCCCAUCUAAAUUGUAAUCGUAGUAGGUCAAGUCAUGAACAAGUGGCAUCAGGGAUAAGUGACAGCAGUACACCUCAUUUAAGAGGUCACAGGGAUGUGCCAGUGAUCCAUAUUGAAGUGGAUCAGAAGGAUGAGGCUUCCGGAAGCCAUGAAAGGAGAGAUCGACCUCGAGAACGACCAGAAGAAAUUCCAACUGCCCAGCGGACUGAGAGGAUUACAGCCAAUGGCAACAGCCAUAGGGCCGGGCCGGCGGCACUAGACAAGAGCGACAAGCGUUCAAUGAGUGCGAGCAGCGAAGAGAGCACGGGAGGCUGGUCCCAUGCAAACACGGAGGACGACCCCCCCGAGGAGAGCAGUCGCUCUAACCAGCUGAGUGAGGGGACUGCAAGCGUGGGCCUGACAGACGUGGAGGCUUUUUCAGACAGCGCAGGGAUUGGUAUGCAGUCUGAGAAAAGCGACCAAGCAGCAACCAAGAAGAGUAACCUUGAAAGCGGCUCAUGUAAGACAUCAGCACCAGGAGGUGGAGGUCACACCAGAGACCUCCUGGUGCUGAACUGUGACCUAGAAGCAGAAUGUGAGGACUCUGAGCUGACCGUGGCUCUGCAGUGGAUCGCCGCUUCUGAGCUUGGACUUCCCAUUCUCUACUUCAAGAAUUCUAAAGAGAAGAAGAUCGCCAAGUUCCAGAGGGUGAUCCACCUCAUGUCCCAGAAGUCUUGGCGAAUCGCAGACUUGUUCAAUGCUCUGGUUCACUUCGGAAAGCUCCACCAGGAAGACGAGAGUGAGGACAAACAUCCGUCCAGCCUGUUUGAUUGGCUUUUGGACACCCUGUGAAGAGGAGUUUCCUCGCUCUGCACACUAAAGUUUGCAUGCUCACUCUUUCCUCACCAAGUGUGUUUCUUCCACAGCUGAGAGCACAAAGACAUCAGCAACAUGUUGUGUGUCGCUGCUUGAUAAAAGGCAUGUCUUCUUCCAGUAGGAACAUCCAUUGGACGUUCCUACUGGAAGUCAACACGCCACUGAGUAAGUAGUCAGCAGGUUUAACUGCUCCAGUGUACACAAAUCCACUAUAAAUAAAUAAUAGAAAAUACUUGGGAGUUUCACAACCAAAUGUAUUUAUUCAUUAAUAGAAACCAGGGGCCGUUUAAGUUUGACUUUCUAAACACAUCAAUGUUGUGUGACAUUACCACUUAUGUAGGAAUGGAGCACACGUCACUGCUGCACAUUCUAUUUGACAACUGUUGUCUUGUACAUACGUCGACACUUUCAACCUGCUGCACCCGAGAGAGAGACAUAGUGGAGGGCCGAGUGCAAUUUGUAACGUGGACUUUGUACGUGAAUUUGGUGUUUAGGUACUCUUGUGUUACAUUCGACGUUGCAAAGAGAAGCACACUAUUCUGCUGUAAAGUGUCAUUGUGUAACUGAAUGUAAUUCUCUUUUGGCAUCAAUAAAAGUGUGUGAUGUGAA